UUGGGGCGCACCACCCAUUGUUGUAGAGUAGGCUCCACGUUUCCCCCCACCUUGCCUUUUCUCUCACAGAGACCUCUGAUCCAGUUUUCAGUUUUCUCCUGAAAAUAUUUUCUGUCUUUGUCUUUCUUCCUCACAUAAAUCCUUUCUCUCUUGCAUUCCGCUCUGGAAACUCAUCGAAAAAAUUACGAGAUUCUUUCAGAUUCUCUGCGCUAGGACCACUCACACCCAUAAUUCAACUUCUUUUCGUAGCUUAAUCAAACUUUCAAAAUUCUCUUUCAUACAUGCGUAUAGGCACGCAUACACGACCCGUUUGUCAAACUCUUGUAACUACACAUCUGUCUGUUGGAAUUUAGCCUCAAUUUACAAUCUAAUUCUCGAGAAUUCGAUUCCCAGAAACAAAAAUGGACGAGUUUGGCGUCCUAACCGAGCGGUUCGGCUUGAAACAACAAGGGAAAGCUGCUCCAAUGGUCGCGUCGAAACGACCCACCAGCUCAAGCAAUGCCCAACCCCUCAAUUUCGGAUUCGAUUCGGGUCUUAACCCCAAACCGUCCUCCUCCUCCUCCUCGUCCAGAUCUCCCCCGCAUUCAAAUACAAGAACCCAGAGUUUUGGAGGUUUUGAUGAUUACAGUGAUUUAUUAUUUGGGGGACCCAAAAAGCCCACGAAGCAAUCCGAUAGUUCAUUCGAUUACGAUUCCAUAUUUUCGCGUAGUUCGAGUGAGACGCCUUCGUCGUUGCCUAUUUAUGAUGACGAUGAUGUAUUUGGUGGAUUUCCCGGGCUGAAAAGCUCGGCGACUGCGAACAAUGACUCUGUGUUUGCGUCUUUUGCUUCGCCGCCGAAGCAGAGUGCUCCAAUUGAUGAUCUGUUGGGUAAUUUGGGUGGAGUAGAGGCAAAACCGAAGAGUCCGAGCCGGAAUAGAUCGGUGAAGAGUGCGAGUGAUUUCGAUGAUUUGAUACCUGGGUUUGGUGGAAGCAGUCCACCCAAUUAUGGGAGUCGGACUAGUCAGCCUCAGCAAUCACCUUUUCAUUCAACUAAAGUGGCCUUCACUUCUUCAGACGACCCCUUUGUAGUGUUAGAAUCAACUUCAAACCCUGCAUAUACCUCCACAGAACUUUUCUCAGAUCCACUUGCACAAAUCAGUAAGCUGAAUAGUUCUGGAGGCACAAGACCUGGCAUUUCAUCAAAUGCUAUCCCAUCAUUGAGGCCCCCUCCAAAGCCAACACAAGUUUCAAAUGCAGAUAAAGUUAAGAGUUCGCACAUGUCUUCAAUUGAUGAACUUGAGGACUUUGCCAUGGGAAGGGUGCGAAAUAAUUCUACUGAACGAUCAGAUGUACGCACUAGUAAAAAAGAGGUAAAGACCUCAGCAACGAAAUCUAGUAGGUAUAAAGAAGCUGAAGAUGCUUCACGCCACAAUAUGCAUAUAGGUUCUAGAUCAAGCAGUGUACCAAGAUCAAGGACUACAAAUUUGGACCCUGUAUUUGAUGCACCAGUUCACAAGAGAGGUCCUGAAGUGCCCCAGAGGACGCCUUCUGAGACCGCUGCCAGCAUAAAGAAGUCUCCUUCCACUUCAUUCAUAGUUGAUGACCUUUCUUCGAUUUUUGGCGCUGCUCCAUUAUUUGGGGAAUUUCAGGAAGUUGAAGGGGAAAGUGAAGAAAGACGAAGAGCCAGAUUGGGACGUCAACAAAGGACUCAGGAGCGUGCGGCACAAGCAGUGGCUGAUAUGAACCAGCGUGACCUCCUAACUCAGCACGAGCAAGAAGAAAGGCGUAGGAUUGCUGAGACCGUGGAUGUUGAAAUAAAGCGCUGGGCAGCAGGGAGGGAAGGCAAUAUGCGUGCACUGUUAUCAUCAUUGCAAUAUGUGCUUUGGCCUGAAUGUGGUUGGCAGCCAAUGUCACUGACAGAUAUGAUUACCUCUACCUCAGUUAAAAAGGUUUAUAGAAAGGCAACAUUAUGCAUCCAUCCCGAUAAAGUUCAACAGAAAGGUGCCAGUCUCAAGCAAAAAUAUACUGCAGAGAAGGUUUUCGACAUCCUAAAGGAAGCUUGGAACAAGUUCAAUGUGGAGGAACUUUCUUAAAUACCUCUGUUGAUUUGUUCCAUUUUUGUUUUUGGGCUACAUUGGUCAGCAAUUACAAGUUUCUCUUGCGGGGAGGAAGAUGAAUGUGCUCAGCUUAACCAGUGCAACUGCUAUUAUGCAAGUUUCAAAACACUCAUUUGUUGGACAAGGUAUAAAUAUCCUGUAAAGUAGUGUGUGUUUUGCUUAAGUCAUGUAAAGUGAUAAUUGACACAGGAAAUUUGUAGGAUAUUCAAGGUUUACUGAAUACACCCCCCAAAAAUUCAAUCAGCCAUCCACCCUUUUGCUCUCUGUGGGUUGGCCGGUAAUCACUACAGUUACAUAACAUUUUAGUUCGUGUGUGUUACUCGUUGAGCGAACAGAUUUAUGUUAAUUAUUUUUGUCAUUUGUUGAACA